UUAGAUCAGCUAGCUGCUACACGAUAGCGCUCGAUUUACUCUGCUCUAGAAUAUGAACGGAAACGGGGGCAAUGGCGGGUUUGGCUUUGGGACUGAAGCACAUGGCCCGCCACAAGGAAACGGGGGAGGACAAGGCGGACAAGGAAGUCAAGGGGGGUGGUAUGGUAAUGGAGCGGGAGGCUGGAACAACGGAAAUAGCAGAGGAACAGGAGGAUGGAACAACGGAAACGAAGGAGGACCAGGAGGGUGGAACAACGGAAACGGGCGAGGAUGGAACAAUGGAAACGGAGGAAACUGGAAUAGUGGAGGUAAUGGAAAUUGGAACCACAAUGGGAACGGAGGAGGCUGGAACAAUGGAGGAAGCUGGCAGAGAAAGGGUCCUAAAUGCUACAACUGUGGCAUGAUCGGACAUAUCUCACGAGAAUGCCAGGCGCCACGACAAUAUUUUCAAGGAUCUCAGCAUAACAAUAAUGGAAUACAAACGAAUAAAGGAUCAAGCAGCUCGAACGCAAUUGUUGAAGAAGCAAAGCCGGCGGUGUUAAGUAAAGAAGUCGAGGAAUCUUUGAAGUGUAUGGCAGCGUUCGUGAAAAAACAGGCGGAGAAGGAGGAGGAAGAACGUCAACAGAGGAAGGAGGCAGAAGCAAAGAGAAAGAAAGCGGAGGAAGAGAGAAUGGCGAGAGAGGAGGCAAAUAGGCUGGCGUUAGAAAAGAAAAAGGCAAAAGAACUAAAGGAGGCGAAACGAAACUGGGAGUUUGAAAAAAUGCUCGCAAAACAGAAAGAGUCGAUGGAAGAAGAGUUUGAGAGAAGACUCAAGAACAGGUUGAAAGGGGUGAUGAUAAGUGAGAGGGCAGUUAAAGCAAAGGCAAGGCAGAGCACGCCGCAACCUACUUCGCCGUCAUCUGAAGAGGAUGAAGAAGAGAUUGAGGAUAAAAGAUUAGAGAAGCGAAAACGACAGCAGGGUCAGACAUCAAGUGGACAAGCAAGCCCUGCUGGCACUCCAGCCAAGAUCGGACGACCAAGUAUUACUAUCGACCCACCAACACGUGUGAUGGAGGAAAACGAGGUCGUGGCAGACGCACAAGCACCAAGAGGAAGAAACAAAACUCGUAGAGAAGGCUACGAAUCUACACUAUGGGAGGGUGCCCCUGUGGACGCAGACAGCAAGAUCGAAGCCGCCUUCAGGAAGUAGAUAAGGAAGUUCCUGAUGAAGUUGAGCGUCCCGACGAUCCAAGAGAUGUGCAGGGAAGCGGGAGUUUCAUAUCGUGGACGACCAGAGGCGGUCGACGAACUAAUUGAACUCCGAGUCAUGCAUUUCUACAAGCCACCACGUACACCACGACAAGGAGGGAUUGUCAUCCGCGAGCCACCUGCAAGCACAACACGUACACCAAGGACGCCAACAAACCCGAUCGAACAUCGGGAUCCGUCCGAUGAGUCAUGCAUGGAAUGACUUACGGUUCUACCUAAGUCUACGCCACCAGCUAUCUGGAAGGAAGGAAGUAGGUUUAAAAAACCUUAGAUUAGAAAUUGAAAAGAUCCUGAGAAUAUGCGUAGUAAUUCUGGUUAGUAGAGGGGAAAUUAAAUGGGGAACAAAAUUUCUCGAAGACU